UAGGAUAUUAGAUCCUUGAAAUGCGAUGCGGAUCUAGUUUUUCUAAUGAAUCAUUUGUUUAGUGUUUACCUUUAUUCUGCGGAGCAGGAAUUCACUCGAUUUUGCUAAUGAAUAUUUUAUUUUAAAAUAUCUAUUGAAAAAAUGUUAAGGAUGCUGUUACUUUACUAAUGUUUUAAACCUCAAAAACAUUAAAAAUGGGUCUCGACUUUGACGUGUUUGAGUUUUGCAAAAAACUGCGACAGAACCGGCCGCCGCCGUACCAGUGCCCACUAGAGAAGUGUGACAAAGUAUACAAGAGCUUAUGUGGGUUGCAAUACCAUCUAGUGAACUAUGAUCAUGACAAUCCUACACCCACUACGCCAACAGUCACGAACAAUCGUAAGAAGGGUAGAGUUAGGGCAGCUGUUCCCACCGGGGACAUAGCUUUGCAAAGCCCUCCGAAAGAAGCUUUAACUUUUGCAGAAGCCCAAAAGGUGGUUCAGUUUGAAAUAGAUGGAAAAAUUAGCAGAAUUCCCAUAGAUCAACCUUUGUCAGUAAUGUCAUUGGAGGAGUGGGAGAAAAAGAACGCUGAACUUGAAAAACCUUUACCUAUUGUAGAGCCCCCAUCAGAGCCUCAUGUGAAAUUGCCUGAGGCCAGUUUCAAGUUAAUUGAAGACUACAAUGAUCGAGUUAGUGAUGCACCUGCAAGGCCAAACGCUUAUAUCAGAUUUAUUGAAAAAUCAGCUGAGGAGCUUGACGGUGAAGUAGAAUAUGAUGUUGAUGAAGAAGACACAGCUUGGCUGGCUUUAAUAAAUAAGCAAAGACUUAAGCAGGGACUGCCACAAGUGUCAGUUGAUACAUUGGAAUUACUCAUGGAUAGAUUAGAAAAAGAGUCAUAUUUUCAGGCAACUCAAAGUGGGCAACAACCAGCGGCAACGGUUGAUGAAGAUGCUGUAUGUUGUAUUUGCAUGGAUGGCGAGUGUCAGAACACAAAUGUGAUAUUGUUCUGUGACAUGUGUAACCUUGCUGUGCAUCAGGAUUGUUAUGGGGUGCCAUACAUACCUGAGGGACAGUGGCUCUGCAGGCGGUGCUUGCAGUCACCAUCCCGCCUUGUCAACUGUGUAUUAUGUCCCAAUACUGGAGGAGCAUUCAAACAAACAGAUCAGGGAACUUGGGCUCAUGUUGUGUGUGCAUUGUGGAUACCGGAAGUGCGAUUUGCUAAUACAGUCUUUCUGGAACCAAUUGAUUCAAUUGAAAUGAUCCCGGCGGCUCGUUGGAAGUUACAAUGUAUGGUUUGCAAGCAGAGGGGAGUUGGCUCUUGCAUACAGUGUCAUAAGAGUAACUGUUAUUCAGCUUUUCAUGUGACUUGUGCACAACAAGCUGGACUUUAUAUGAAAAUGGAAGCGGCCGGAUCUGGCCGGGACCCAAGCCAGCCGGUUCAGGUAGCGAAAAUGGCGUACUGCGACGCGCACACUCCGGCGCAUGUCCUACAAGAGAGACGAGCCAGGGACUCGGACAACGAUUCUAAAUGCAACGACCUCAAUGCAGUGAGACAGAAAGGACGGGAUAAAAUCAAACAGGCACGUCGCGUGUUAGCAAUGAAACGAACUUGGGCCCCGGUCGUGUUAGUACCGACUUUGCCGGCCGAGCGCGUGGCGGACGUGGCCCAGUUGGCCCAGGGUCCGCCCGCCGCCAGGGCCCAGCUCAUGAAGCGACUCCUCGCUUACUGGACCCUGAAACGGCACAGCAGGAACGGUGUGCCGCUGUUGAGGAGACUGCAGAGCUUGACGACCAAUCAUGGCAGUAGAGGCAUACAAGACGCAGCUGUCAAUGUACGAGAGCUGUGUAAUCAGUUGAAGUAUUGGCAGAGAAUACGACAAGAUUUGGAACGCGCAAGAUUGCUGUGUGAGCUGGUACGUAAACGCGAGCGUCUGAAGGCGGAGUACACCCGCGUGUGGGAGCGCUGCUUCCUUCACUCGCUGCGACCCGAGCGGGCCGUGCUCCACAAGCUGCUGCGCUUGUUGCGCCAGAAGGACUCCAGCGAUAUAUUCACGGAGCCGGUCGACUUGCAAGAGGUACCAGACUACAGUACAAUAGUGAAACACCCCAUGGACCUGAGCACGAUGGAGAAGAAGCUGGACCGCGGCGCUUACAAGAACAUUGAUGACAUCGAAGACGACUUCAAACUGAUGAUAGACAAUUGUCUCGCGUAUAACAAUAAAGAUACAGUGUUUUACAAGGCCGGUGUGAAGAUGCGCGAGCAAUGCGCGCCGGUAUUCCGUCAGGCGCGCCGCGACGUGGCGGCCGCGGGACUCCGCCACCUCGCCGCGCGGUCCCGCGCCGCCAGCACCGACAGCGAUCGUACUCUAGAUACGAGAAGCGAACGUGGCGUGUCCGUAGCGCGCAGCGAAGGCGGCCGCAGCAAAGACUCGCCCAUCAGAGACUCGGCUGACGAGAAUAAUGCUCGCGACUCGUCACCGUCGGCACGUUCCGUCCGUUCGACGAGCAAGGUGAACCGGAACUGGUGGCGGGGUCGCGGGGCGGGGCGGGGAUCGGCGAGGGGGGCGCGCGGGAAGCGCGGAGGGCGCACCAAAAGGGGGAGGGGACGCGCCGCGCAGACUCCUGCCGAGCGACCCACAGUACAAGACAACGAAACGGCGACGUCGGGCUCCGAGACUCCAGUGCCGCCAAGAAAAAGCGUUGAGCGUACACAAAAACUAGCCACCCCUGAGAAGUCGCCGACCAAAGUCACCGAGGGUACUCCGUCGUCCGGUCUAGGAUUAUUGGGCGGUCUACGAAAGCCUACUUUAUUGGUGACGCCGUCAUCAGUCGCCACACCACCAAAGAGCUUUGGAUCUGAUGCUUCACUGCCAACGUUGUCGGCGAGCCUCGGCCGCUCCGGACUGGAUCCGUCGCCGAAGAAGAAAGGCCGGGGCAGACCCAGGAAACAGGACAAAGACAAGUCCGUCUCCUCACCGGAUUUGUUUAGAUCUACGUUGCCGGGAGCCGACGGUAAAGCCACGCCGGUUCCAGCGUCGUUCUUACAGUACCGCGGCCCAACAGGAGAAGUCGGUUCUGACAGUGACCUAGCUCUUUCUAGAUCCUCGAGCAGCAGCUCCGCCUGGUCGCAGUCCUGUUCGUCGUGCACUCAUUACGACGACGAGAAUGUUUCGGAUCACUCGUGCUCGAUCAGUUCCACCGAUGGUUCGAGUUACAACGAAACGAUGGAUUCUAAUAUGGAGGCUGGCAGCGGACCAGAACGUCGCCGCACCAGGCGAGCUGCGCACACGGACGCAUCCGAUAAUGAACCUCUCACUCCUGUUAAGGGUCGCGGCACAAGAUCGUCGAUGUCAAAAACACCAGUGAAGAGUGGCCAGACUGAACUACUCUUGGAACCUUUACAACUCGUUUGGGCGAAGUGCAGAGGCUACCCCUGGUAUCCGGCGCUGAUCAUCGACCCGAAAAUGCCGAAAGGUUUCAUCUACAACGGGGUGCCGCUUCCCGUUCCGCCUCAAGACGUAUUGAACUUGAAGAAGAACCACUCCCACGAGCCCAUACUUUAUUUGGUGCUGUUUUUCGACGUUAAAAGAACUUGGCAGUGGUUACCACCUAAUAAACUGGAGCCCCUGGGCCUCGAUAAGAGCGUUGACCAAGCGAAGCUAGUGGAAUCCCGGAAGCCUACCGAUAGAAAAGCGGUGAAGAAAGCGUACGGUGACGCCAUGCAAUUCAGGAAACAAGUGGACGGUGAAGAUAAAUGACAAAGGUUUAAAUAUAGGUCACGCCGACCUCCAAGAAAGAGAACGUUCAGUUUCGGUAGCUUUUCGACGAUGCAAAUCCGGACACCGGACGGCACUAGCGAUUCAUCUGAUUAGCUCGUACAUAUUUGAUUAUCUCUGUGUUCUAAUACAUAAAUCGUUCAUUAGUUUUGUUGAAAAUCAAAACUUUGACAUAGCGUUCAUGCAAAUACAUAUGUGUUCUUGUACUGUAUUGUUUUUAUUGUGUUGAGCUAAUUUUAGUAGUUGUCCAACUAGGUUGGAGCCUAGGUAGUCUAGAUCCUAGGGUCUGGCUAGAGAAUAUUGAUCGAAUAUUGAGAUUGAAUAUAAAUAUUGUGGUUGGAAAAAAUGCUUUCUGAAGAUUGCCGUUUUUUUUGGUGACCGUACAUUUAAGAUAAAUAUUAGUUUAGGUUAAUUAAAUUAGCGGUCAUGGCUAGAGCCUCGCAAAAAUGCUCCAUCAUAUAUAAAAAAAUACAGGUUGGAACAUUUUUGCUAUAAUACAUAUUAUUAAUUAUUUAAUUUCUAUUUUAUUAAAAGUCAAUAUUAGUAUAUGGUUAGCAUUUAUAUAUCGAGUAGCAACAUUGAAUACUCUUACAAAUAUCACCAGAUAGUAAUAAAACAGUAAGGAAAGUUUAAAACUUUAAAUAACUUAAAAGUGUAGUUCUGCUGUUAAACCCAGUUAUAUAAUAUUAUAGAUAUUAAUUUACUGUUCGUAAUAAUGUAGCAACUUAGGACCUUCUGUUAAGAUAUUUAAAAUGUUGCGUUGCAUAGCAAUUGCGAUAUCUACGAAGUUUGAUGUAUUAGAUAUACAUAUUUAUUAGUAUUGGAUUUAGAUUAGAUAGAUUAAUAAACUUUUUGUGUCGUCACUGGGGUACUUACAUUUAUGCAUUAAUUAAAUCAGGGCUGAAAGGAUGUUUGGCUUUAGCGACAUUUAUCUUUGUAAUUAAAGGUCCAUUAUAUGUACUUGAUAUUAGCACCACGCUUUGAUGUUUUUAAUUGAACUUCAACUUAAAUAGCUGAAGAUGCUUUUUUUUGUUAUAUUAUUUCAAAUUUUAACCAAUUGGCUCUCCUGUAAAGUUGCAAAAAUGUUGCUUAGUAAUGGCUCGGAAUGAUAGAGCGGCAUGUAAAAUUGUCUACCCAAAUAAGAAUUACCGAAAUGUCGGUCUUAAUGAUACUCGAUGUGUAGAAGAAGAGUUCACCGCUCACAUGGUUUUAAGUGUAAACCAGAAGCCCGUAGGUAUCAGAACGUUAAUAUAUCAAUUAUAUCGCCCAAACUUUGCGCUAGAAAUGAGAUGGAUCGUGGUUUUUACCCGUAAGCGUUCACAACACCUCUUACCACCAAUAAAAAGGUUACCACCUAGUUUGGUAUUUUACAAUUUAAGCAACAAAAAUUAACUCAGGGACGUCCUGAAACAUCACAAUUUUUUGCUAGAAGUAUAAUAUGAUAUUUUUUUGUGUGAUUUACCUAUUGUUUUCAACAUGAUUGAUUGGUUUGAAAAUCUUGCUAACAUUUAAAUGUUAUCAUACUGAACAUUCUCUAUGUAAGACAGGAACAAUGCACGAUGAUAAAGUUUGGUAACGCCUUUAAUAUUUUCGAUCUGUAUAGUUUUAGUCUAAGGACAGUGAUUAACGUUUGUAUAUAUGUAAUUGUAGUAAUAAUAAUGUAGAAUAGUUAAAGAGGCGGAUAUUGUAUCAGUUAGAUUAGUUGAAUAUGAUUAUGAAGAAAACUUGUAUGAUAGCGAUUUUGUAAGGUAAAUGUAUAUUAUAUGGUGUUUCCCGAGCGCUAUGACAUGUCCUUCUUCAAACGAGGCUUGUGGAGAGUAUUAAGCGUUAGGCAGCGGCUUGGCUCUGUCCCUGGCAUUGCUGAAGUCGAUAGGCGAUAGGUUUCAGCCUGAGAUUGAAUCGUUAAAAUCAAAUAUGGCGUGUCGUGUAUAUUCUCGAGGGAGGUCAAAGUAACUGGGUUCAUAAUUACGUUAAAUUUUAAUUCAUUUGGAGUUGUGUGUAUCAUAUGUUUGUUAGGAGUUAUGCCCAGCAGAAAUUUACAUAGUCUUAAGCGAAUGGUGGCUCCGUUUCUUUCGGGGGUCAUUAUCAGCAGUCUCUCUCUCUCUCUCUUUCUUUCUUCCUCUCCGCUGAUCAUAGUGAACCUCUGUCUCUGAUAAAGAGUACUCUCAUAGCGGCUAGGGUGCUAAGGCUAAGGGAUUUGACUAAGUAAUAAAUAAAUAAGAUUUCUUUUGUGGUAUAAUGAAACUGAAAUUCGUAAUGACGAUGCCGUUGUCUAUAUUUUCUAAUUUGGGCUGGAGCCAAAGGAACCCGCCUCUGGAAACGAAGUAUAGGUAAUGCAAUUAAAGAUUGGCUGACGGUUAACGUUUAAGUUGCUAUGAGAUAUAGGGCCGCAUCCUCUCAAACUGUUUUCACUUUAGUUUACUCAGUCGCACAACUUGAAUUCAGAAAAUUGAAAUUCUUUAAUACUCUGCUUAAUAGACAAUAUUUAGAUACCUACUUAUUGUAGUUUUUAUUAUUUACUUACUUUAUUUUAUUUUAUUUACUAACAAUCACACCACGUCAACUGGUCCUGUGCUAAGCUCGUAAAAAACUUGUGUAACAGGUACCAGAUAAUGGAAAUAAAUGUAAGAUUUUUAUUAUACAUAUACAUAUAUUUAAUAUAUAUCCAUAACCCUGGAAAAGACAUUUUAUAUAAUUUAUCAUACAAAUAUCUUCCCUUGGCGGUAUUCGAACCCGCGACCCCCUUGUGUAGUGAUCAUGUCACUUACCACUACACCAGACGACCGUAGUACAUUACUACAUUAGCGAAGUUAGGUAGUACACUACUCUUUUUUCGAUUUAAAGGGUGAUCUUACGCUUCAUAUAUUAUUCAACCCACCAAUUAUGAAACCAACUGUUGUCUUUAAAUUGCUUCUAUCGAAUAAAAUAUUUAUCAAUGUAUUUAACUUUAAUUUUGUUGGUUAUUUUGAGACUCUAAUCUGUGUUUUCAUUGUCUAUCGCUUCUGAAUAGUCGAUUACUGUAAUGCUAUUAUAUUGAAAAUCGCCCAAGUUUCAAAAAAUCAAAUCGAUGGAUGGAUACAUAAUGUUAUAUUACAGAUUUCUCCACUGCAAACAAUUUCUUGUAAUUGGAGAUUGAACUUUCGAAUACAUUGUAUGUGGCUAUGCCAGAAGUUCGAAACGAUUUACUACUUUGUGACAAAGAAAGCUAUUUAUUCUUGUUUUAAUAAGUUAAGAUUCUUUUCUGAAUAAAAACUGUUACAAUAUUUGAAGACUCGUUUCAAGAAUGGAUGUACACACAUUUGUUUAAUACAUAAUUAAACUUACUCAAAAAUAUUAGUCUUGCUAGAACUUCUAAAUUCGUUCUUAAAUUUGAUUUCGCAAGAUGAAGGCAGAUGAUAAAUACUAAAUGUAUGAUUCAUAGGAUCUGUUACAUAAAUAAAUAAGGGAAAUAAUUUAGUCUACAAUCAGUUUCUAAUCUGUAUAAUUAAAAUUACACAGAUUAAUAUAUGAUUCUAUGAUUUUGUUUUAUUUUUGCAAUAAAAAAUCAAACAUGAAAA